UUGGAGGCAAAUGGCUUCCUCAGUAUUCCAUUUGCCUAAUUAUUAAGUGCCUACUGCAAUGGCCUAUCACAGGAUUUUUUCAUUAUUGAGGUGUUCGAGUCUUCAGAGAUGUUUUAGUUCGAGAAGACAGGAUGAAACUAUCAUGAACGUGUUUGAUCGAAAGGCAAAGAGAAGGCAAAAGAACAGAGCGGCAAUGGCUGAGGAUGUGGCGGUAUAUGAUUACCUCAGAGAUGAGGUCAGAAAAUGAUUCAUAUUUUUGUAUUUGUUAAGUUUGUGAGAUAAAUUUCAGUAUCUGAGCAUUGCUGCGCAUCUAACCCUCCGUUUAAGUCAACCGAUAACAAGUUCGGGUUAAUGUUGGGUUAGGGGAGGGGUAGGUGUGUAGCUGCUCAGAUGCUGACAUUGAUCCAGUUUGUGUGGGAUAUGCAUGCUGAAUGCUGGGUGCAAUCUCAUUCUGGGUGGAGUGGGGGGAGAAGGUGUAAUGUAACUGUUGUCAGAGUAUAGCAGGUAAUUUAGUGUUGACAACUGAGUUGAAAACGUAAAUUGGCCACGGUAAAGAGUUAAAAGGCUGAUGUUUCAAGCUUUAGCCCUUUGUCAUUGCUCUGACAAACGUUUUCAAUUCAUUUGUUAACACUAAAUUAUCUGCUAUACUGUACACUCCCACCUACUCAGCACUACAGUUUCUUUAGAAACUUACCCCCUUUAUUCAUAUUAUUAUUCUGUUGUCAGAGUAGUUGCAAAAGUGAAGGCUUGCAAAAUAAUCAUAUUUAGUGUGGACUGGACAGAGAUUAAAAUGUGACAAGUAGUUUCUGUAAUGGAAUGAUACUUUUUGUUUUUUUCUACUUCAUUUGAUUUCUGCAUUGUCCCUUGAAAUGAUCUUUGUCAGGUGCAAAGACAGUAACAACAACAACAACAGCAUAAACAACAUCAACAAAACUAAAAUACAUUAAAGACAUUUAGGCUGUAAUAAAAGCACAAACAGCUCUUUAUAGCAAAUUAGUAAUGGAUCUCUAGUAAAUUGUGCAAAGAAAUCUUUCUCAGGAGGUUGAUGAUUGGAGCGACUGGUGGGUCACCAUGAUACAUAAUUCAAGACAGUACACUCCCUUAGUGUCUCCUUCUAGGAGUAUGAAUCGGAGCAGAAAAAAUGUCUGGGAAAAGUGGUGUUGAGCGGCAUAUGGGGUAGAAAUGACAUAUGAUGAACUAGCAUCCAAUCCUUAACCUUUAAUGUUUUUUAACUUCCAGAUAUGAUCAACUUGAAACUUUUCCCUGUGAUUUCAUAUAUUACCUUGCCAGUAGGUUAUGAGAAUGGACAUGCUUAUAAGCUAGAGGAUGUCAAAAUGACAUGACACUCAACUCUCCCCUCUCAAUUUACAAGGGAAUGUAUAAUGGUUAGAGCGGAAAAUUACUAAUUGGAUCUUGGGAAUGAAAGUUUACAGGAAUAGUAAAUAUUCCUUUAAAAAUCUUCAAGUUGGUAUGUCAUUAGCAGUAAUUUAUCAUGAGGCUCAUAGUUAUGCAAGUUACCCAGUGAUAUUGGAUUAUAACCAGUAAAUUUGUUUGUUUUUUUCCAGGUUGCUGAAAGGAUGGUUGACAGAAUAGGAGACAUCUCUAGGUUUGUCUUUGUAAAUAUUUUUGGCUGUGAGGAAAAUUAUCAGUUUACUUUCCUUUCUUACUUUAUUUUCUUUUCUCAGACAUUUUCCUAUGGCUCUGGAUCUUGGUUGUGGGAGAGGACAUAUUUCAAAAUGUCUUACAAAGGUUGGUACUGAUUCUGUUCAGGUAAUCCUAACUAAGGUUAUUAAUCCUUUGCUACCUAAUAUCAGUAUGCAUAUUCUCCAUACUGUUCUGUACACUUUUCCUAAAAUGUUGACAAGGAGAAUUUGUUUGACAAUCAAGAACUUAAUCUAUAGUUAGUGAUGAUUUCCUUAAUGUGUGAUCCAGGGGUGAUAUUAUUAGGAGAAAUCAGAUGCACCCCUAGGGGUCAACCCUUUCACUCCCAAGAUCUAAUUAGUAAUUCUCCUUACUAUCUGCCAUACAAUUCUUAUGAUGUUAGUUCAGAGAAUUUGGUAUUGGAUCAACUAAUAAUCCCAUGAUUGAUAUUCUUCUCUAUUCUCAUCACCUGCCUGCUUGAUAUUGUAUUGAUAUUGUAAGGAGAAAUUCUGUCUUGGUCACUUGUGGGAGUGAAAGGGUUAAUGAAGUAAUAUUCUUCUGGUUUGUAAAUGUUACACAUAGUUUGUGAUUUAAUUCUUUUAAUGAUCUCUUGAUAACUUGAUGAUUGCUUUUUAGCUUCCAUGAAUGCAGUAUUUUAAUUGGCCAGCACUGAUAUGUCUUUUUUUCCCCUUUUAAGGAUCAAGUUGGAACCUUAGUUAUGUCUGAUAUGGCAGAAAAUGCAUUGGUAAGUACAAACACUGCUGCUUUGAUCAAGGAUUAGGAAUCUUAAAUCUAUGAUUAUCAGACCUGUACAUUUAGGCUUUUUUUCAUUCCUUUCCAGGAUAAGGAAUCUCAGAUCUAUGAUUGUCAAACCUAUAGGUUUUUUUUAUUCCUUGUCUGAAACCAAAUUCUUGCAAAAACACAAUCAUAUGUUACUACUCAUUUUGAAGUAAUAGUGUUUUUAAAAUUUUUGUAUCAAUUAGAAAUAAUUCUCAGCUUAGUUCGGCUUUAGUAUCCGACAGAACAGAAAAGUUUUUUUGUGUCUAUUAGAUCAAAGGUUGGACCCUCCUCCUCCUGUUAAACAAUUCAUAGACACCCCUCCUCCCCCACCACAUCUUUAACUAUGGCUGGAAGGGGUAAGGUCUUGGUUAGAGGUACAUUUUGAUUACCAAAGAUAUGUGUUAGAUGAUGUGAAUUCAUGCAAUUUGUUUAUCAAUAAUUAUGUUAUUGUUGUUGUUUUUGCCAGAAUCAGUGCCCACCCUGUGAGAUUCCAUCUGUAAAAGUUGUGGCAGAUGAAGAAUUUCUUCCUUUUCCUACCAACAGUUUCGAUCUUAUUGUCAGUAGUCUGAGGUAUGUCUUGAAAGGAAUUUAAGUUUUGUGUCAAAUACCUUUUAAAAAUUGUUUUCAUUACUUUUAAACAUUUCAAACAGACUGUCAACAGCCAUGAUGUAAUUUAAUCACUCAAAAAUGUUAUUAGUGAUUUCUUUUCUCUAUUUUUAUUUUUCUUUACAGCCUUCAUUGGGUCAAUGACUUACCAGGAACAUUUAGUCAGGUAUAACACAGGAACAUUUAAACCAUAUUUAGGUACAAAACACAGGAUAAGAACUGUAAUGUUGUAUAUUUAUUGUAAAGUAGGUUUUGUGGCUAAAAAAAAAAGCAAAAUGUAAUUGUUUGUCCAGAAGCCUGGAUGCUGAUUUUCCCCAUCAAUGGCCUAAUGUUCUGAAGAUGCACCAAUGUGAAUAUGAAAAUGUUGUAUUUUUUUUCAACAGAUCUUUCAUUGCCUUGAGACAAAUGAUUACCCUUUUUUUGAGAGUUUUUUUUUUUCAACAGAUCUUUCAUUGCCUUAAAGCUGAUGGAGUCUUUAUUGGAGCCAUGUUUGGUGGUGAAACUCUUUACCAGUUGAGAGCUGCAUUGCAGUUGGCUGAAACUGAGAGGGAGGGGGUAAGUACAAGCCAAAUUCAGCUAAGUUGUGGGGGUGGGGAAGGGUGGAGAGUAGGGAAGUAUUAGUUGACUUAAAUUAAGCAAGGGAAGGAAUUGUUCUCUCAAUAAAUUUGGGAAUAAUUUUCAUUUUUACUUUUUGGACUUGAAGUACGUGGCAGGUUGUUUGGUCUAUAGUUUCCAUUGAAAUGAGUCUUUUUGAAAAUGAGAGAAGAAGAUCUUAGAGUUAUCACAAAUACUGUUCACUUUGUCUCUGCAGGGGUUUGCUGCUCAUAUUUCACCAUUUGCAGAAGUUCGAGAUCUUGGAAAUCUUCUGACAAGAAGUGGCUUCUCUCUGACUACUGUUGUAAGUUGAGGCAAGAGUUCAUUCAAUUUCUUUGAACUAUUUUGUAUUUAACAGUAAGUGAUUUGAAAGAGGAACAUUAGGACUUUUCUUGCUAAAAUGCACUUUAGUGAUGUCACAAUUUUCACUUACCUUGUGUUGAUAUCAUUAAUUUUGAGAAAAAUGGCCAACAGUUAUGAAAGCCAUUAAAUUUUACUAGGAAAAAAAUUCCUGUCUUAGUGUUAUUGUGUAUUAAAUCCUCAAUUGUACAUUAGCCCUAUGAAUUUCAUCAAAAGAAAGUGAUUGAUGUUAAAUAACCUCAGUGGAAUUUGCCUAAGAGUCUAGCAAAGACUUGUUAACCAGUUAAAUGCCUGAUGUCUGGUUUACCUCUCUUAUUUCCAUCUACAAACAUUGUGCUAUCGACAUUGCUGAUCCUAGCAGUAUGCAGGUCAUGUGUCACAUGACCUUCAUAAUAGACCUCGCUCACUGUGGAGUCUUUGUGGCCCAGAGCAUUGGAGCACUGAAGCAUGGAAUCUAAAGGUCUGAGGUUUGAUUCCUCAUGGGGACUCAGUGUUUUUUUUGUCCCACGCUCAUUACAAGACAAAAAAACAUCUUUCUUUAUAAAAAUGGAUAUGUCAGAAUUGAUGCAAUUUCUUAGGUUAUAAGCUGUAAUUUUUUUAUUCACUUACGUCAGUAAGUUUAAAUUGUUGUUUUCUCAUUGAAUUCUUUUCAGGACUUUGAUGAAGUAACUAUAGGAUAUCCCAGCAUGCUUGAGCUCAUGCAUGAUCUGAAAGGAAUGGGAGAAAACAAUGCGGCAUGGAACAGGAAGACAUUACUGCACAGAGACACAAUUUUAGCAGCUUCAUCCAUUUACCAAGGUAAGAUAUAGAAUCCUGUUACUGUUUAUGAAAUGGUUAUAGGAAAAAACUGAUGUACAAUUGCAAGUUUGUGGUGUUUAAUAUCAAUUCAAGAAAUAAUCAGUCUUGGAAACUUUUGAAUAAAUUUAAAAAGAUAGUGUUGUACUUCUUAAUCAAUACUGAGACAAAAUUCUCAAUCAUUACUGGUUAUCAUCAGCCUGAUUUGAGCACUAGUGAAACAGUGUGCAAGUCAUGCUUGUGAUCAGACAGUGUAAUAGAACAGUUAAUGUUUCAUGCUUGUGGUAAUAAACAUUGGGUGCUCUUGCUGUAGUUGAACUUUUUGCUAAUAAAUUCUCAGUUUUUUUGAGAACAUACUGUAAACCGAUGGGUAGUUUGUUUCUCAUGUUUUGUCAUAGUUUUGAUCUAUUUGUAACAGGACUUUCUGUUGGUAAUCAUAAUCAUGAUUAACAAAUGAGACUCCUGCUUUGCAGUCAUGUGAUUUUGUUAAUCACUUACAUAAUUAUGGACUGAACUGGACUCCACUCAGUCACAUUAACAUUAUUUAAUUGUUUUUGCAAGUUUUGUGUCUUUUCACUUCCCAUUAAAACUUAGCCACCAGUUGUAGAUUUUAACAUGCAGUUUUUUUCCAACCAGAAUAUGGUAUUAGCAUUUCGGGGGACAGGUCCUGCUUUUAAAUCCUCUCUUAACCUUUUAUAUAUGAAUGGAAGAUCCAUGCCUUACAAAAAAAGGAACCGAUAUGCUGCCCAUAGUAUUACCUAUUCUUCAUAUCCUUUAGAUAUGUAUGGUCUGGAAGAUGGAGGAAUACCAGCAACAUUUUUUGUACUUUAUAUGAUUGGUUGGAAGCCUCAUGACUCUCAGGUAAGGAAAAACUACAUCAUCUUUGUUGAUCUGGAUAUUAGUAUCAACAGUACACUCUGUGUUGGAAUUUCAUCGAUUAAGAAUUUUAAUAUGUAGGACUGCCAUUAAGAAUGACAACUUCACUGUUAUUUUGGUGGACUGUUCAUUCUUUAGUUUUGUUUUGUAUGCACAAAUUUUUGGGGCAUAAGAUUAUUGAAAUUUCUGUCAUGAACUAAUACUUGACUGAAGAAUUGGAAAGGCAGAGUUUUUGCAGCAUUUAUUUUUUAAUCAUUUUUUUCUACUGGAACCUGUGUUUGAGAUCAAGGACAUUGUGCAAACAAUCUACACAGUAUUCUUUAACCCUUAACUCCUGUGAAUGACCAAGACAGAAUUUCUCCUUACAAUAGCAUUACAAUAUCAAGCAGACUAGUGAUGAGUAUGAAGAAAAAUAUCAAUAAGAAAAAUAUUAACUGAUCAAAUGCCAAAUUCUCUACACUAAAAGCAUAAGAACUCUGUGGCAGACAGUAAGGUGAAUUACUAAAUGAUAUCUUGGGAGUGAAACUAACUCCUCCAUUUUUUCCAGGUGUACAAUCAAAAAAUUAAAGCAGGAUUACUAUAUUAAACUCAUCAUUCAAAGUACCAGUAGUAUUGUUAGUAACCUUAAUUAAAUCAACAGUGAUUUGUUGUUUUCAGCAAAAAGCUGCUACACGUGGGUCUGCAACAGCAAGUUUUGGGGACAUAUCAAGUCUGAAUAAACCAAAGGAAUAG